AUGGAGGCGCUUCGGAAGAAAGUGUACAACAUUGUGAAUGUGGACCCAAAUGAGUAUGAGAUAACUAUGAAAGUUAUAUAUGAAGCAAUGAAAACUGCAUGGCCGGCAGAGAUAGCUGAUGAUGAUGACGUGAGAUCUUUUAUUUUUGAAAGUCUUUCAAGUUCCUACAAGAUUCCAUUGUGCAUUACAUUGAAGGGUAAAAUAAGCAAUCAACAAGCUCCAUCGGUUGACGUCGGACAAGAAUCAAUGCCAGUGGACCUCAACGUGAGUACUCAAGUUGUUUUAGAAGAUAAUCAUGAUUCAGAAAAUGACUUGGGAAACAAAGAAUUUAAGGACUCUGAAUCUGAAGUGGAAAACAAUAGAACAAAGCUAGAUAAGUUGCAUUGUGAGAACAUGCAAUGUGAGGAUCUGGCAUAUGUAGAGGCUGAUAAUAUAUUCCAAGAUAAUGCUGAAUUCAAUGAAUUGUGUGGUGUGGGGUGUAAUGACGUACCAGCUAUCAGUGUGCAGUUUGAUGAACCCAACUCUGACAAACCAAAUUCUCUUGAGUAUUCAAGAAUGAAAAUACUUCAAAAGGGGUUCUGUGAUUUUCAAGGUGAGGCAGCCAAAAUGGAUUCACAUGUGAUAGAAUGGGCUGAUAAGUUGGUGCAAGAAAACAACACAAAAAUGUUAUCAUUGCAGGAUAUGGUGGCUGAGAUUGCUAUGAAAUGGACCAAAGUUCUGAGAACUGGAGCUCUUGGGUAA